AUGGUUGAUGCGGCGUACCUCGCUAAACAACAUAGCGAAAUAACAGAAUAUGAUAAUGCAUAUAUCAGGAAAUGGGGUGGAUAUAGACGUGUUACGCAUAUUAUCGAUUGUGAGGGUUAUUCGACACCGCGUUCUAAGACAUUUUUACCCGAGGUCUCAAUAUGGUGUAGACAAACGGGUGCAAUUUUGACAUAUCAUAUAUAUAUGCCCGAUAAAAGACUAUUUUACGAAAAACAUGCGUGUGUACGUUAUCAAAUUGAUAAUAUACACAGGUUACCUAUAACAAGAUGUUCCGACGGUCGUGAUAUUGGUAUGCCCGGGAAAUAUUACUCAUAUGAUGCGGUGAUAGCAAAUUUACGACAAAUAUUUAUGCAUGCCGAUCUAAUUGGUUACAAGGGUGGUACAAUCGAGCGUGAUUUACUAAGCUGUCUGGGUUACACAGGUGUGAAUAUAGAAUUGUUGGAAUGUCCGCGUUAUGAGGAGUUAUUGACCAAAUAUGGUGUUACGUCGCAUACCUGCGGAAGGCAUUUGACGGGUUAUAAAUAUCAUUGUAGCAUGCAUGAAGUAGAACUUUUCGGACGGUAUUUAGAAGAGUAUGGAAAAUGUUAA